UCUGAAGAUAAGGUGAUAUUGCCUAGCAGGAAUAUUGUGUCAAUAAAGACUUUGAGACUAAUCAGGAGCAGUUUUCAUAUUACAAACCUGCACGUUAGAUCAUGUAAAAGUGAUAGAACUCCCUCGUGGAAGGAUACAGUGACAAUCUUAUUGUGACAGAUUUAUUUAUUGAAAGUAUAAUUCACACUUGUUGUAUUCUUAUUCUUUUAAUUGAACAUUCAUGUGACAUUGAAUAUUACAAUAGAGUUAGUAGUGCUGUAUAUAUUCACAAAGACCGUUAAAAGGAUUUAAAAUGGCUGAGCCGGAUACCAUGGGAACAGAACCUAAGACUGUAGAGGACCCUGCACCUGCAGAGGGGAACACAGGGGCCGAGGGGGCUCUUAAAGGGGUGAAACUGAGGUCAAAAGUGAAGAAAAGGUUCACAAGCCCCAAGAGGGGCAAAAAAGUGGAGGAGUAUGAUUGGCCAAAGAGGAGUUACUUUGAGACCAGGUGUCUUGUGGAGAGAGAGGAGGGGGCCAAACUGAAAAACUUGGUUCAUCGGCUGGUGUAUAUUGGAAAGCUCAAGCUUGACCUUCCAGACAGACAGGUGGUUGGAACUCACUAUGAGAAGCUUCUAAAGAAUCUACAGAACAACUUCCAGACUGAGCCCAUGACUGGACUGCUGCUGGUCUAUCUCAAACACAUUGUACAUAUACUAGAGUGCUCUUCUGACAUGGUAACACAGGUGAUGAGAGACAUUGUCAACUUCCAGCGAUCCAGUGAGGGAUUCCUGGCAGGGGCAAAAAUACUUGUCAUUUCACAUGAUGUUCCCACACGUCUGUACCAAGGCUGGGACUUCAGGCAGCUGGACAUCCAGGCUGCACGCAUGGAGGCCUAUGAGUCCUCCGAGGGGGCAGACAGAAUCAUCAUAGACAUCCUGGGACAGCUACUCAAACUGGGCAACAAACUGGCUAUCACACCUAAGAGCUCAGCAGAUGAGAAGGUGGAACAAAAGGUAAAGCUGGCUGCACACAUGUGUAUUUGCUGUGAUGGGUUAGGUUGGCUGGCCCUUAUUACUGCAUGCAUUUUGUUUGCACAGGUUCUGUUAUGAAGUGUGUCAAGCAAGUCACAGUCAGUUAUUGAACUUGAAACUUGAAUAUUUUAUUUUUAAUAAUCCCAACAAAAAUGUCCAGAGAUACAUGAAUGUGUAGAGCAUCCAGAUAUAGUAGCUACAAUUGAGGGCAUUGACUUGUACAGGGUAUGCUCUUUAUUAAAAAAUUGAUAAAAAUGUACAACUGUAUUAAUGGUGUAUUUUAUAUUUUAAAAAAUAUGUUUUUAUUAAAAUGAUUUUUUAAGAACACUACAAGAGUGUACUUUUUGUGUUAUGAUGCUAUUAAACAAAAUAUGUCUCAAGACAAAACAUGCCAAAUGCUAGUGUAGAUUUACAAACAUUUCAUUUUACAGUUUCUAUUGAUCACUAGGAGGAAUAUUUAUACCUUUUUAAGCUUAAUGGCAAUAUAAAGCUGUAUUGUUUUCUGGUAUUCCAACUUCAUUAUUGGGGAUCCCUUGAAAGACCCUUUAAAAAGUGUAAUACAUGUGCUCACAACUUAACCUUCAAAAUGUAUUAUGUGAUUGUAAAAUAUGUUACUGGUAUGUUUGGGUUCCUUUAUUUUCUUGUAUUUCCUAGGGUUUUAGAUAGUAAGUCCCAAUAUCCAAGUUUUGAUAUGAAAUCUUGCAGAUAUGGUUUCAUGCAACAGAAACACAAGUCUGGUUCUGGUCUCGUAUAGAUGUGAUAAUUAAACCC